AUGCAGCGGUCGCCCGCUUCCCUUUGCGGAGCGCGCUAGUGCGGCGCGGACCCGCUCGGCUGCUCCUCCUGCUCCGGCCAUGGCGUUGCCCGGCAGUUGACGUUGGGCUUCUCCCCUCUCUACCUUCUCCUCUUCUCCAGCCCCUUCUCCCCCGGCUCCCGGCUCAGGCACGUAGGCGGCCGGUACCGGCGGCGCCGGGUUCCCCUCCCCCCCCACCCCCUCCGCUCCCCCUCAGGAACAGGCUGUAGCGGACAGGCCGGGCGGCUGCCGGCCGCGCCAUGAACAUCAUCAUCGGCAUCGGCGGGGUCACCAACGGCGGCAAGACCACCCUCACCCGCAGGCUCAUGCGGGCCCUGCCCAACUGCAGCGUGGUGCACCAGGACGACUUCUUCAAGCCUCAAGAUGAAAUAGAAGUUGAAGAUGGGUUUAAACAGUAUGAUGUGAUUAGUGCACUGGAUAUGGAAGCUAUGAUGAGUACCAUAAACGCUUGGAAAAAAAACCCGGUCAAGUUUGAACGUUCUCAUGGGAUCAAUAACACGCUGGAUGCCCAAAUCUUGCAAGAUACAGAGGGAGAAGAUGACACCAUACACAUCCUUAUUGUUGAAGGCUUCCUACUUUACACCUACAGGCCAUUGAUUGAUGUAUUCCACCAUCGGUACUUUCUUUCUAUUCCAUAUGAAGAAUGUAAAAGGAGAAGAAGUUCAAGGAACUACACUGUACCAGAUCCACCUGGAUUGUUUGAUGGCCACGUCUGGCCUAUGUAUGUAAAGCACAGGAAAAUAAUGGAAGACCUUGGAGUUGAUGUGGUGCACUUGAAUGGAACAAAAUCCAAGGAGGAACUGUUUAAUGAGGUGUAUGGACAGAUCCAGAACAAGAUUGAAGAACUACUUAAUAUGCAGAAAUAAACUGCUAUUUCUUCCUGUGGGUGAAGAAGAUUCCUGUUUGCUCCAAGAUGUGUACCUGACCACCACUAAAGUUCCAGCUUCUGUGAAGACUCUUACUCCUGUUCAAUCUUCCCUUGAACCUCAGUUAACUACGGUCAUGAUUAAAGAACAUUUCCCUCUUGUCA